AUGAUCCUUCUGGAUGGGUUUGCUUGUUCUGAGGUGUCAGUCCACACAUCUGAGAAUGAGCGGGUUUGUAAGAGUGGAGAGUUCUUCUGUGAUGAUGGGCACUGUGUGUCCGUGCUGUUCCUCUGUGACGGGACAGACCACUGCAGCGACGGCAGCGACGAGAGGUCUUGUCCGAACUGCACCUCGGGCUUUCGCUGCGCCGCGUCGGGGUGGUGUCUGUCCCAACAGCAGCUGUGCGACGGACAGAGCGACUGUGAAGACGCCCGGGACGAGGAUCCGCUUCUUUGUGCGUCGCAGACCACUUCCUGUGCCGCCUCAGAGCUCCAGUGCAGAGACGGACGGUGCAUCCAUCACUCCUACAAAUGUGACAACACGAACGACUGCAGCGACGGCAGCGACGAGGAAGACUGUGAUGUGAACGAGUGUCUGUUGAAUAACGGCGGCUGCCCGUCUGUGUGUGUGGACGAGCCCAGAGGCUUCCACUGCGAAUGCCCCAACAACACGAGGCAGAGGGGGGACGGCCACUGUGAGGAAAUGAACCCGUGUCUUGAAGCUGACGUGUGUGACCAGUUGUGUUCUUACUCAGAGGACCAUCUGAGCUGCAGGUGUCAGGAGGACUAUGAGGAGGACCAUCAGGAGGACCAUCAGGAGGGCACUGCUGCAAGGGCCUGCAGAGCUAAAGGUGACGCUGCUCAGCUGUUUUUUGCUGAUCUUGAAGGAGUGCAUUUCGCCGACAUCACUGACUUUGUGCCUAAAACGCUCCAGUCUUCACACGGACGGCGGCACAUGACCGUGUUGUCCUCCAAUAACACUGUGUUCUUGGCACAGCCGGGAUCCACGUCCAUUUACAGGUUGUUAUUUGACGGGGUGCGACAUGAGGCCCAGCUGUUGUUGAAAGCAGCCGGCCCCGUGCAUGUGCAGCGUGUGUUGUGGACUGGACUAGACUCGCCCAGGGCUGUGGCAGUGCACCCGGAACGAGGAGUGAUCUUCUGGGCAGAGUGUGGGAAGAAUCCUAAAAUCCAGAGGUCCACGUUGGACGGCCAGAAUCGGACCACUUUAGUCAAUACUUUGAUCCAUAAACCUGUGGCUCUUUCUCUCGAUUUGCCCCGGGACCUGCUGUACUGGGCCGACCAGGGACUGAGGAGAAUCUCCAGAGUGAAUCUAGAAGGUCAUUAUCGGAAAACUGUGGUGGAAUCAAACGGGUUCCUGGACCGGCCUUUUGGACUCGCCCUGUUUGAGAGGUUUGUUUAUUGGAGCGAUGAAGCGAGUGGCUCCAUCUGCAGAGCAAACAAACACCACGGGCGGCACUUUGAGGUUCUGCUUAAAGACAUUACAUCACCGGGCUCUGUGGUCAUCGCUCACUCUGCGCUGCAGCCCAACCGGAACUCGGGUCUGACCACAUGUGCGGUGGACGCUCUCACUCUGAACAUCAGUUGCUCUGAGAACGGAUUUCCGCCCGUUUCCCGCACACUUCCUGCUUCGUCGUUAUCAGAUUCAACAUUUGCUGCUCUCCUCGCUCUCACAAUGGUUCUUAUCGUGCUCCUGCUGGGCCUGUGUCUGUGGUGGUGCAGAGAGGAGCUCCGGCCGCUUACCUCCAAUGACCACAGCCUCACGCUAAAAGAAUCCAGAGACCCACUGCUCAGGGACGCUAACAUCGACCUCAACUUAUGCCCCACUAAAGCUCCACCUAGAGGCGGACUGGAGGAGCAGCACAGACGGCCAGACCAUCUCACCCACUCCACCCUCACUGCUCCUGCUGGCUGCUCCUCUUUAAUUAUUCUUCUGAAUUCUCCUCCUCACUCCUCCUCCUCACUGCUCCUCCUCACCACUUCUCUUCCUCACUGCUCCUCCUCCCUCCUCCUCCUCACUGCUCCUCCUCACUCCUCCUCCUCACUGUUCCUCCUCACUUCUCUUCCUCACUGCUCCUCCUCACUCCUCCUCCUCACUCCUCCUCCUCACUGCUCCUCCUCACUCCUCCUCCUCACUCCUCUUCCUUACUCCUCCUCCUCACUCCUCCUCCUCACUCCUCUUCCUCACUGCUCCUCCUCACUCCUCCUCCUCACUCCUCCUCCUCACUGCUUCUCCUCACUCCUCCUCCUCACUCCUCCUCCUCACUGCUCCUCCUCACUGCUCCUCCUCACUCCUCCUCCUCCUCACUCCUCUUCUCACUGCUCCUCCUCACUCUUCCUCACUGCUUCUCCUCACUCCUCCUCACUGCUCCCUCUCACUCCUCCUCCUCACUCCUCUUCCUCACUGCUCCUCCUCACUCCUCCUCCUCACUGCUCCUCCUCCUUCUCCUCCUCACCACUUGGCCUUGAGCACCAUCUAAGGCAGGAACCACAUGAGGAGGUCAGCUCAUUUGCCCUGAGACUGCAGGAGUGUUUCAACCGUCUUAAAAGGAAAGACUCGAGGGGCAUCGGCAAUGAGGACGUUUUAUUGCGAGAUCACCUGGUGGAAGGACUCAGAGAUGCGUCUGUGAGGGCUCCAGAUGGCUCCAUUGGACACGUCCGUACCAUCAGUCGUCACCCCAUCAUGGUGCCUGCCCAGAGCGACGUGCUAGUGUGGGGCCGCACAAAACCCGGAGUCAACGACCAAGAUUACCAGUGCCUCGUUGAACCUCUGGAGGUGUCAGACUGUGUUGAAGGUGUUCAAAGAUUGUUCAGCAACUCACUCAAGAUGAGGGAAAAGAGCAACAAGGGGAAAAUGCCCCCUCGGAAAUGCAACAUGUGUAGAGUAAUACAGGUGUCUCGAGCUAGUGCAGUGCCAAGGUGCUGUGCUUGGACCUUGUGA